UAAAUGUAUUAAAGGAGAUUUUUAGGGUAAUUAUUUUUCUUUAAUAUUCUGUAUAUAUUAUAUAUGUGUGUGGAGAAACUGACCAAGAUACAGUUUUCUGCUGGGAAUUCUGAGAUGGAUUAUACAUUUAAUGCCAUCCCUGAAGCACUGACUUUUAAAAACACUUUUUAGAAACGAAUACAUUUUAAAGUUUUAGAAUUUUCAAAUAAAUAAUAAUAAAGACAGGAGCCCCAUAAAAAAACAAGCAACCAUGUCUGGAGAAGUGCGCUUGAGACAGCUGGAACAGUUUAUUUUGGAUGGGCCAACUCAGACAAAUGGGCAAUGCUUUAGUGUGGAAACCUUGCUGGAUAUACUCAUCUGCCUUUAUGAUGAAUGUAAUAAUUCACCCCUGCGGAGGGAAAAGAAUAUUCUGGAGUAUCUAGAAUGGGCCAAGCCUUUUACUUCUAAAGUGAAACAGAUGCGAUUGCAUAAAGAAGACUUUGAAAUCUUGAAGGUGAUUGGCCGAGGAGCCUUUGGGGAGGUUGCAGUAGUCAAGUUGAAAAAUGCCGAUAAGGUAUUUGCCAUGAAAAUAUUAAAUAAAUGGGAGAUGCUGAAAAGAGCUGAGACAGCUUGUUUUCGAGAAGAGAGGGAUGUAUUAGUGAAUGGCGAUAACCAGUGGAUUACAACAUUGCACUAUGCCUUCCAGGAUGAAAACUAUUUAUACCUGGUUAUGGAUUACUAUGUUGGUGGUGACCUGCUUACCUUGCUUAGUAAAUUUGAGGACCGGUUACCUGAAGAGAUGGCUCGCUUUUAUUUGGCUGAAAUGGUGAUAGCAAUUGAUUCUGUACACCAGCUGCAUUAUGUCCACAGGGAUAUCAAGCCAGAUAACAUCCUGAUGGAUAUGAAUGGACAUAUUCGGUUAGCAGAUUUUGGUUCAUGUCUAAAACUGAUGGAAGAUGGAACGGUUCAGUCUUCAGUGGCAGUUGGAACACCAGACUAUAUUUCUCCAGAGAUCCUGCAGGCCAUGGAAGAUGGGAAGGGAAAGUACGGUCCUGAAUGUGACUGGUGGUCUCUUGGUGUUUGCAUGUAUGAAAUGCUUUAUGGAGAAACUCCCUUUUAUGCUGAGUCCCUGGUGGAGACCUAUGGAAAGAUAAUGAACCAUAAAGAGAGGUUUCAGUUUCCUGUCCAAGUGGCAGAUGUGUCUGAAAAUGCAAAAGACCUGAUUCGAAGGCUCAUCUGCAGCAGAGAGCACCGACUUGGACAGAAUGGAAUAGAGGAUUUUAAGAACCACCCAUUCUUUGCAGGGAUUGACUGGGAUAACAUUCGAAAUUGUGAAGCACCUUACAUCCCUGAAGUCAGCAGUCCAACGGAUACAUCAAACUUUGAUGUGGAUGAUGAUUGUUUAAAGAAUUCUGAAACAAUGCCCCCACCAACACAUACUGCAUUUUCUGGCCAUCAUCUUCCAUUUGUAGGAUUCACAUACACAAGUAACUGUGUCCUUUCGGAUUGCAGUAGUUUAAGAUUUGCUGCUGGGCAACCUGUUGUAGAUCUUGAUGCCAGCGUUCAAAGGACACUUGAGGAUACCUUAGCCACAGAAGCAUAUGAGAGGCGAAUAAGACGCCUGGAGCAGGAAAAACUUGAACUUAGUAGAAAACUUCAAGAAUCAACACAGACAAUCCAGGCCCUACAUCACUCAACUGUAGAUGGUCCAUUAACAGCAAGCAAAGAUUUAGAAAUUAAAAGCCUAAAAGAAGAAAUUGAAAAGCUGACAAAACAGGUGAAUGAUUCUGGACUACUUGAACAGCAACUUGAAGAGGCCAGUUCUGCAAGACAAGAAUUAGAAGAUGCUGCCCGACAAAUCAAAACAUAUGAGAAGCAAAUCAAAGCAUUCAAACAAGAGAAGGAUGAUCUUAAUAAGGAACUGAUUGAGUCUAAUGAAAGAUUAAAGACCCAAACCAAAGAGCUGAAAGAUGCACACAGUCAACGGAAGCUGGCUAUGCAAGAAUUCUCUGAGAUGAAUGAGCGACUUACUGACUUGCAUUCACAGAAACAGAAACUUACCCGUCAAGUCAGAGAUAAAGAAGAGGAGAUGGAAGUGGUGAUGCAAAAGGUGGAAAGUUUGAGGCAAGAGCUACGCAGAACAGAGAGAAUGAAAAAGGAACUGGAAGUUCAUGUUGAGGCUGCAGCUGCUGAGGCAUCCAAGGACAGGAAAUUGCGUGAACGAAGUGAGCAGUACUCUAAACAGCUGGAAAAUGAGUUAGAUGGACUAAAGCAGAAACAAAUUGGUCGCUCUCCAGGGGUGAGUAGCACAGAACAUCAACAAGAGAUCACCAAAUUAAAGGCUGAUUUGGAAAAGAAGAGUGUUUUUUAUGAAGAGGAGCUAUCCAAACGAGAAGUGAUACAUUGUAAUGAAAUAAAAAACCUGAAGAAAGAACUGCAUGAUGCAGAGAGCCAACAGCUUGCUCUUAAAAAGGAGAUCCUGAUCUUGAAAGACAAGUUAGAAAAGACAAGGAGAGAAAGCCAAAGAGAAAGAGAGGAGUUUGAAACUGAGUUUAAACAGAAAUAUGAACGGGAGAAGAUCCUGCUGACAGAGGAGAACAAAAAACUUUCCAAUGAGCUUGAUAAGCUUACAGCUAUGUAUGAAAGACUGAGUAUGAAUAACCGGCAGCUGGAAGAAGAGGUGAGAGAUCUUGCUGACAAAAAAGAAUCCGUAGCACACUGGGAGGCUCAGAUUACCGAGAUCAUCCAGUGGGUCAGUGAUGAGAAGGAUGCUCGAGGCUAUCUUCAAGCCUUAGCCUCCAAAAUGACAGAAGAACUAGAGGCCCUGAGGAACUCCAGUUUAGGUGCAAGAGCAACAGACAUGCCCUGGAAGAUGCGCCGCUUUGCAAAACUGGAUAUGUCUGCAAGGUUAGAGCUACAGUCAGCCUUGGAUGCAGAAAUACGAGCCAAACAAGCAAUUCAAGAGGAGCUGAAUAAAGUUAAAGCUUGCAAUAUUGCAUCAGAAUGCAAACUACAGGAAUCUGAGAAGAAGAACUCUGAGCUGUUGUCAGAAAUAGAAAGACUGAAAAAAGAAACAGAAGAACUCAGAUCAGAAAAGGGUGUAAAGCACCAAGACUCACAGAAUUCUUUCUUGGCAUUUUUGAAUGCUCCUACCUCUGCUCUGGAUCAAUUUGAAAUUGAUUCUGUUGAAAAUUUUACCUUAUCUAAUACGCCUUCACGGGAUGAAGAUAUCAAGUGUCACCUUCAUUCAAGAUCUAGGUCCCCUUCCACAGCUAGUGACAUUGAACCAAUUGAGGUUUCAGAUCAUCCCUUGCGUCCUGUUCAUACACCAACUGUGAGAUCACCAUAUAUUGGUUCAGGACUCUCUGUGCCAAAGCCUAAGGCCCAUCAGUUUGUAGUGAAAUCCUUUAAUACCCCUACAAAAUGUAAUCAGUGUACAUCUUUGAUGGUUGGCUUAAUAAGACAGGGCUGUACUUGUGAAGUAUGUGGAUUUUCAUGCCAUGUGACCUGUGCAGAUAAGGCACCAGCAGUGUGUCCUAUCCCACCUGAACAGACCAAGGGUCCUUUGGGGAUUGACCCACAGAAAGGCAUAGGAACUGCUUAUGAAGGGCAUGUCCGAGUCCCUAAACCAGCUGGAGUAAAGAAAGGAUGGCAGAGAGCAUUGGCUGUUGUUUGUGACUUCAAGCUCUUCCUUUAUGAUAUUGCAGAAGGAAAAGCGUCGCAGCCCAGUGUGGUAGUGAGUCAGGUUCUUGAUAUGAGGGAUGAAGAAUUCUCAGUCAGUUCAGUCCUGGCUUCUGAUGUCAUCCAUGCAAAUCGAAAAGAUAUCCCCUGUAUCUUUAGAGUUACAGCUUCCCAACUAUCGGCAUCUAGUAACAAAUGUUCAAUCCUGAUCCUGGCUGACAGUGAGAAUGAAAAGAGCAAAUGGGUAGGAGUCUUGAAUGAGUUACACAGGAUUUUAAAGAAGAACAAGCUCAAAGAUCGUUCAGUUUAUGUUCCCAAAGAGGCCUAUGACAGCACCUUGCCUCUCAUUAAAACGACACAGGCAGCAGAAAUCAUAGAUCAUGAAAGAAUAGCCCUAGGCAACGAAGAAGGAUUAUUUGUUGUACAUGUCACCAAGGAUGAAAUAAUUCGUGUUGGUGACAAUAAAAAAGUCCAUCAGAUUGAGCUCAUCCCAAGUGAACAACUUAUUGCAGUGAUCUCAGGACGAAACCGUCAUGUACGGCUAUUUCCUAUGACAGCCCUGGAUGGACGAGAGACUGAUUUUUAUAAACUGGCAGAGACGAAAGGUUGUCAGACUAUAGUUUCAGGACAAGUGCGCCAUGGAGCCCUUACUUGCUUGUGCGUGGCAAUGAAAAGACAGGUCCUCUGCUAUGAACUAAAUCACAGCAAGUCACGUCACAAAAAGAUUAAAGAGAUUCAAGUGGCUGGGAAUGUCCAGUGGAUGGCAAUCUUUAGUGAGCGGCUCUGUGUGGGCUACCAAUCAGGAUUCUUAAAAUACCCUUUGCAUGGAGAAGGAAACCCACAUAGCUUGCUUCACUCAGAUGAUCACACAUUGUCGUUCAUUGCACAACAGCCAUCUGAUGCCACCUGUGCAGUUGAAAUCUCAAAUAAGGAAUACCUGCUGUGUUUUAGCAGCGUGGGGGUUUAUGUGGACUGCCAAGGCCGAAGGUCGAGGCAACAGGAACUGAUGUGGCCUGCAACUCCUUCUUCUGCCUGUUACAAUGCCCCAUACCUCUCAGUAUAUAGUGAAAAUGCAGUUGAUAUAUUUGAUGUGAACUCCAUGGAGUGGAUUCAGACUAUCCCCCUCAAGAAGGUACGCCCUUUAAACACAGAAGGAUCACUAAACCUGUUGGGACUAGAAACAGUUCGUUUAAUAUAUUUCAAAAACAAGAUGGCAGAGGGUGAUGAGCUGGUAGUUCCUGAGACCUCAGAUAACAGCCGGAAGCAAAUGGUCCGGAAUAUCAACAAUAAGCGGCGUUACUCAUUCAGAGUGCCUGAGGAGGAGAGGAUGCAACAGAGGAGGGAGAUGCUCCGAGAUCCAGAAAUGAGAAAUAAAUUAAUUUCUAAUCCAACCAACUUUAACCACAUAGCACACAUGGGCCCAGGAGAUGGCAUACAGAUCCUCAAAGACCUGCCUAUGAACCUUCGACCUCAGGAAAGUCGGACCAUGUUUAGUGGCUCAGUCAGUAUCCCAUCGAUUACAAAAUCUCGAACUGAACCAGGACGUUCCAUGAGUGCUAGCAGUGGCCUGGCAGCAAGCAUGUUUCUAGGAUCGUCUGCACAAAAUGGCAGUGCUUUGCGAAGGGAAUUCUCAGGAGGUAGUUAUGGAGCAAAGCGUCAGCCGAUGGCAUCCCCUUCAGAUGGCUCCUUGUCUUCUGGUGGUUUGGACCAGGGCAGUGAUGCACCAGCGAGGGACUAUGAACGAGAGGACUCUGACUCUCCAAGACAUUCAACAGCAUCUAACAGCUCCAACCUGAGCAGCCCUCCCAGCCCCAUCUCUCCUCACAAGACUAAGAGCCUCUCCUUGGAGAGCUCUGACCAUGUGAGUUGGGACACAUGAACUGCUUCAACAUUCAGAUUUGACUUCUCAGCAGCUUAUUGUCCCCAUGACUCUCCGUUUGUUCUCGCUGACAUCACACCCAGCUUCCCUCCAGAAUCAAACUCUAGGAGGGGGAGGGAUGGGAGGAAAAGAAUAUAUUUGCCUUCUCUGGCACAAGCAGUGUAAGUAACCUCACCACUCCUUCCCCCUCAUUCAAUAGUAGUGGCAAACAAGAGAAAACCUUGGUGGAGGGGAAAGGGAGGGGUUAGUAUACAAGAGAUAUUGGUAUAUUUGUAUUAGUAUUGAUUUUAUUUCAUAGGAUUACAGCUGUUUCCAUUAUUAUGGGCAUAUUUAACACUACAUUACCACUCUGAACCGAACAAAGUAGUGUGGGCAGACCAAAACUGAAUCUGUAAAAGAAGAAUCAGAUUUUUGCUCUCACACACAGUAGUAUCUCAUUAUAUUUUUACAAAAGUAGCACAGCAACACUCCUCCAUCUCUGGUGAUGGAGCGAAAUUAGCCCUGCAAAGGGCACAUACGCACGCUUUCAGCCAGACACUGUUUGAAUGUCAAUCUGAUUGUUGCCAGCAAAUCCUUAUUGAUUUAAAAAAUGAUGCAUAUUUUACUACAGUACAGAAUUUAAAUACACAAAAUUAAGAGUUAGUACAUAUGUAUAUAAUAAAAGAAAAAGCAUUGUGAUGCAGUGGAAGAUAGAUUCCUGUUUAAGAGAUCCUUUAAUUUAAGAAGGCUUGUGUUGUUCCCUUUUUCAUACUAAAUAAUCUACAUAUUAGGGGUGUGAUCUGAAUAUAGAACAUGGCACUGGGUAAAACCGUAUAGUCUGGAUGAAAAGUCCCUCUUCACAAUUGUUCUGAUAUUUGUUCUUCUCAUUAGAAGAACUAAAGCCAUAAUCCGCACUUUUUAAAAUAUAUCUAUAUCUUCUGCCUUCUAUGAGAAAGUAAACCACUCCAUUUUACAAGGAAAACCCAUAAUUUAACAGUCUACAAGCAUGAAGUAGGCACUUUGUUUAAGUCAAUUUAUUGCAGAAUCAAUAUAUAGCCCCAAGCAACAAUGGAGCAGAUGGAGCAGUCAGUGGAAACGGCUAAGAUGUUCUUGAGAGGGUUUCGAGCUGGGCUUUCAAUCCCAACUGGCCAUUCAAUAGCUGUUAUGGUUAUUAGCAAGAUUUUAAUGGACAACAUACAUCAGCAACUCUAGUUCUGAAGUAGAAUCUUCUGGAAAAAAAAUAUAUAUAUAUAUGCUGUAUCACACUGAAUAAUCCUGUCCCUAGCCUGAUAAUUUGCUAGAACAUUUGAUGGCUGAAGAAUUCUGUUCUAAAGAUGUUCAUUGUGGUCAUUUUCUUACCUCCACCCCCCUGUCCCAACUCAAUGCAUAUCUAAUGUUAUUAAUGCCAUAAAAUACUUUGAUGUUUGGAUCCAGCAGAGAAGCGAUUGACAUUGCAGAGCAUUCCUCUGUAGAGAGGAGGCUGAGCAAACUAUGGAGACCUAUCAUUGCUUAAAUAAACAGUGACAAAUGCAACAUGCAAAUAGAAAGCAAAAACAAGGUAACUGCCCAAUACCACCAAUAUCUACUUCAGUGUGGUUUCCAUUUUGAGACUGGAUUAAUGUGACUUUUCUUCUCCUUGGGAUCCUUACACUAUCAUAUGCCAUGACCAAGCUGGAAUGGAUAAAGAAUUUGGGGGUUUACUUUAAACUUAGGUUAGUUGGUUUCAUUGUAACUAAUAGGACAGAAAUUUUCACAGGUUCCCUCUGCAAAUUAUAUUAGUGCUAUUCAUACAGGGUGCAAGUUAAGCACCAUGAGAUACAGAUCUUUGACCAUCUAGCUGUGUUUGAGUCUGCUAGUAGUUGGUUCUGGGUCUUAUCUGCAUUGGUGGAUUGUCACAUCCAAAGCUAUCACUCAGUACUUUUAUACUGGGGGAGGGGAAUUCAAAACAUUUCUGUUAAGCAUCAUGUCCUAAUCCUGUCUGCCAGUUUUGGCUUGUCACAGUCUCUCAGUUUAUUUUAUGUAUCACACAGGAUCUUUGUGUAAACCCUAAAGGAUUUACAGUUUUGUGUUUCAUAGCAUCCAUUCAGCUACCCUAAGUUAUCUUCCAGCUCACUGAAGUUUGCAGAAACUGGCAGGGCAUAGGGAUGGACAUAACAGCCAUUGACAAUUACUGCUUCUGUACCAUUCAUUUCCAAAGCCCUCUUACCCUGCCAGCCUCUCCUCUUCCUUCCUGUGAUGCUGCUCAUCUCUCCUCACUGUUACACACAAAUGUCAGUCUAGCCUAAUGUUUUCCUCCUGUCAUUAUUUGUUUAAACAUCAUUUGGCCAGAGAGACCUAUGUCAAAAGUUAUUGUUUUGGAUGUCCUUCAAAGUACCUUGAGACAAAAAAUAGAGGUAAAUCUACAAUACAAAGGGACAUCCCACCACAAUAUUGCAGUGGGGUUUCCCUCAAAGUACCUUGGAAACUGAUCUGUGCUCCCAGAAGGAAAAGAAAGCAAGCACUUGCAUUUCUAUCCAAAAGAGAGUUAUAAGCAGAGGUGAAUGGAAAGAAAUACCGUCCCUAACAAUUACAUUUUAUAUUGUAUUGGGCCACUUCACAAAUUAAAAGUACUGCCUUUUGCAAAGAGGCCAACAGGUUGGGAUGUACAAGGGCACAUGCAACUACUUAUUUGUUAUGAACACUUGUUUCCCAUUACACCCACUGUGGAUGCUUUAAUAUCUGUGAUAUGGCUUGCUGGUGAAAUUGGGAUUUGCUGCUAUGUAUUGUUCAGAGUUUCCAUGCCUAUGUGAUAGUAAUUGUUCAAGCACUUUUAUAAUUUUUCACUGAAUCCUGAUUAAUUUGACUGUCUCCUUGUGUACAGAGUAUCAUCAGGCUAUGCUUUAUCUAAAUGAAUACAUUCUGUUUGGGCUGGUUCAGGCACCUUAUUCUUGAGGCCCAGUAAAUCAGAUUUCAGUCCUAAAAGAACAUCAGAUUGUACAUUUCUUGCCCAAGGCAUCAGUGUUUUUUCUGGCUUACGCACAAACAAAACAAAUAAUUAAUCUUCAUUUUCAGACACAUUCCUGGUGUAUUAUCCAUUUUUUAAUCUCCUGACUCAGUCUUUCAUUAGCUGGUUUCUUCUAAAGGUUGAUUUGUGCGUUAACUGUUUUUGUUCCUAGCCUGCAUUUUUUUUAGAACAGCAAUCUUGGUUUUGAAAAAAUUGCAGAUGACAUUUGUGCUAAACUCUCAGGUAUUUGAAAGCAGCAGGAUAUCUUCAUAGGAUAAACAUAAAAUGCAAUAAUUGUUUUGGGCAUGAGAUUCACCACAGAUACACCUUGCACGUCAACAGUUUCUGUUCUGAUAUGUUGCAAACUUUGGUGAUUGACUGAAUUCAAGAUGACAGUUUGGGGCCUUGAAUGUACAAAAACAUUGGUAUUUUAUCAGUUAGUUUUGUUUUAAAAAAAUAGUAGCACCUCAGUUUUGCUUUUUCCAAACCUGUCAGAGUGAAAGUAGGAAUCCAAAAUCUGACUUGUUGGGGUUUAUUUAGCCUUAGACAAUUUCACCACAGAUGUGAAAAAUUACCUCUGUACAACCAUGGUUCCAUACAUAGAUACCCAGUCCAGGGACCUUGGGAUGCACUUCCUAGAGGAGCUUAUGACAGCUGUUCAGCCCAAUGUAAAUAAGGCUUGCUGCCCAAUGCAAAUAAAACUAAUAUUUGGCACCAGUCUGUCCGACUCCAAAGUGUAGUCUUUGGGCUUUUCACUGAAUAUGAGCUUCUAACCCCAAGUCUACUAGGGGGCACCUGAGAUACUGUAGAUUUUUAACUUUUAAGACCAUGUGCAUUAAGGCAGUUCCACAACUGGUCAUCUUGUCUGUUUCCUUCUGUAUAUAAAAAAAGUCAUCCACCAUAAGAAAUUGUCUCGCGUAUGAGGAAGUAAUCCACAACCAAAAACUAGUGUUGGUAUUUCACAGCAAUUAUUCCUGCCUUUUUAUGUAUGACAGUUUCAUAUCAUUUAUUUUUUAAAAGGAUAUUUUUAGGAAUUUUUUUUCAUUGUAAUAUUAUUGUACAGUUUUGCAUGGCCUAGAUGUAAUCACUUUUUUUUGGUUUUAGAGUAUAAAAGCUGACAAGUGUGCGUGUGGGGAAAAGAUACUGCUUUUUGCCUCUUCUCACUCUUCUCAUUUUUGAUUUAUGCCCUCAGUGUUAUAGAGGACAUUGUAAGAGACUCUCUGCUCCAGAACAAUGAUGUAGAUUCUUUUGCACAAAAAUAUUUAAGGUGGCUCAGUCAAUGCUGUAAUAAAUGACUGCUCACCAAUAUUUUAUGUUGGUAACACUUAAUAUUAACCUACUUUGAUGUAUUGCAAUAAAACAGGGAACUAUUAGACAUACA